UCACGGCAGUGGGGUGUCAGCUGAUUUACUGCAGCGGCGGCAACGGCAGCUUGCAACCUCGGUGGGGAGACGCCGGCUGGGCUCGGGUUGUGGUUUGCCUACCCGGAUUUGAGCACCCCACAUCUUCCUCACAUAACGUCCUCGCCUUGUCCACCUUUGACGGGCGCCCAUGGGUGGUGGGACGGACAUCGCGGCAUGAGAUGAAGCUGUGACAGGUUUGAAAACACAAUGGCGGGAAACAGCCUUGUCCUACCCAUUGUUCUUUGGGGUCGCAAAGCACCAACACAUUGCAUCUCAGCAGUACUUUUAACAGACGAUGGGACCACAAUUGUAACUGGAUGCCAUGAUGGACAAAUAUGUCUCUGGGAUCUUUCAGUAGAAUUAGAAGUUAAUCCUCGAGCGCUGUUGUUUGGUCACACAGCCUCAAUCACCUGUUUGUCUAAAGCUUGUGCUUCUAGUGACAAACAGUAUAUUGUGAGUGCAUCUGAAAGUGGAGAGAUGUGUCUCUGGGACGUGAAUGAUGGCAGAUGUAUUGAGUUUACAAAAUUAGCCUGCACACAUACAGGUAUACAGUUCUACCAGUUUUCUGUUGGAAAUCAGAGAGAAGGAAGGCUUUUAUGCCAUGGCCACUAUCCUGAAAUCCUCGUUGUGGAUGCCACCAGCCUUGAGGUGUUAUACUCCUUAGUAUCAAAGAUCUCUCCAGACUGGAUUAGCUCCAUGAGUAUUAUCCGAUCCCACCGAACACAAGAGGACACUGUGGUCGCACUCUCAGUGACGGGCAUCUUGAAGGUGUGGAUUGUUACCUCUGAAAUAAGUGGCAUGCAGGAUACUGAGCCAAUAUUUGAGGAGGAAUCCAAACCGAUUUAUUGUCAGAAUUGCCAAAGCAUUUCUUUUUGUGCAUUCACACAAAGAUCACUUUUGGUUGUGUGCUCCAAGUAUUGGAGGGUAUUUGAUGCUGGAGACUAUUCCUUGCUGUGUUCAGGUCCUAGUGAAAAUGGACAGACGUGGACUGGAGGUGACUUUGUAUCAGCAGAUAAAGUAAUCAUUUGGACUGAAAAUGGGCAAAGUUAUAUUUACAAACUACCUGCCAGUUGCCUUCCAGCUAGUGAUUCAUUCCGCAGUGAUGUGGGGAAAGCAGUUGAAAAUUUAAUUCCUCCUGUACAACAUAGCCUCUUGGAUCGAACAGAUAAAGAGUUGCUAAUUUGUCCUCCUGUUACUCGGUUCUUCUAUGGAUUCAAGGAACACCUCCACAAACUAUUAAUUCAAGGUGAUUCUUCAGGAAGAUUGAAUAUUUGGAACAUAUCAGACACACCUGAUAAACAGGAAGAACUGAAAAUGACAACUUCUGUUAGUUUGCAAGAGGCAUUUGAUAAGCUGAAUCCUUGUCCUGCUGGAAUUAUAGAUCAGCUGAGUGUGAUUCCCAGUAGUAAUGAACCUCUUAAAGUAACCGCAAGUGUGUACAUACCAGCACAUGGACGACUCGUUUGUGGCCGUGAGGAUGGAAGCAUCAUUAUUGUGCCUGCCACACAGACAGCCAUAGUACAGCUGCUGCAAGGGGAACACAUGCUCCGAAGAGGUUGGCCACCUCACAGAACCCUCCGUGGUCAUCGGAACAAAGUCACAUGUUUGCUAUAUCCUCAUCAGGUCUCAGCUCGUUAUGACCAAAGAUAUCUGAUAUCUGGAGGCGUGGAUUUUUCAGUCAUAAUUUGGGACAUAUUUUCUGGAGAAAUGAAACAUAUCUUCUGUGUGCAUGGUGGUGAGAUUACUCAGCUUCUAGUUCCACCUGAAAACUGUAGUGUAAGAGCGUUGGAUCGCUGUGUGAUGGGGAUCACAGCAGUGGAGAUACUAAAUGCCUGCGACGAAGCAGUUCCUGCUGCAGUUGACUCUCUCAGUCAUCCGGCAGUCAACCUAAAGCAGGCCAUGACACGGCGUAGUCUGGCCGCUCUUAAAAACAUGGCCCAUCAUAAACUACAGACUCUUGCAACUAACCUCUUGGCUUCUGAGGCCUCUGACAAAUCAAAGAUUCUGAUUUUAGUAAGGUUAGGCCAUUAUGAAGAUAUAGGAGGAUAUUUGAGAAUAGGUAUGGCGGAGUUACACGAGCACUUUCCUGCUCCUGUCAUUUCCGCUCGGUCUGAUGCUGACCACUCUGGCUCUGACCCUGCUUCUACUCCUGCUUUACAUACCUGUUUCUUAGUAAAUGAAGGAUGGAGUCAGUUGGCUGCUAUGCAUUGUGUGAUGCUACCAGACCUGCUGGGACUGGAUAAAUUUAGGCCUCCACUCCUAGAGAUGCUGGCUCGGAGAUGGCAAGACCGAUGCUUGGAGGUCCGAGAAGCCGCCCAGGCCCUGCUUCUAGCUGAACUGCGAAGAAUUGAGCAGGCAGGGCGGAAAGAAGCCAUCGAUGCCUGGGCCCCUUAUUUACCUCAGUACAUGGACCAUGUCAUAUCACCUGGAGUCUCAGCAGAAGCCCUGCAGACUAUCAGCACUGCUCCUGAUGCCUUGGGGCCAGAAGCCAAAGUCCAGGAGGAAGAGCAUGACCUUGCAGAUGAUGACAUCACGACUGGUUGCUUAUCAAGUAUCCCACAAAUGAAAAAGAUUUCCACAUCUUAUGAGGAAAGACGGAAGCAAGCUACUGCUAUUGUUUUACUAGGAGUAAUAGGAGCUGAAUUUGGUGCUGAAAUUGAACCUCCUAAAUUGUUGACCAGACCUCGAAGCUCUAGUCAAAUUCCUGAGGGAUUUGGCUUGACUAGUGGUGGAUCCAACUACUCACUGGCCAGACAUACUUGUAAGGCACUGACAUUUCUUCUGCUGCAGCCUCCGAGCCCCAAACUUCCUCCACACAGUACGAUCCGAAGAACAGCCAUUGAUCUGAUUGGACGUGGUUUCACCGUCUGGGAGCCUUACAUGGACGUGUCUGCUGUCCUCAUGGGGCUUCUCGAACUCUGUGCUGAUGCCGAGAAACAGCUCGCCAACAUCACAAUGGGGCUGCCUCUUAGCCCUGCAGCUGACUCCGCCCGCUCGGCAAGGCAUGCCCUCUCACUCAUUGCCACCGCCAGACCACCCGCCUUCAUCACAACUAUAGCCAAAGAGGUACACAGACAUACAGCUCUUGCAGCAAAUACCCAGUCCCAACAGAACAUGCACACGACAACUCUUGCACGAGCUAAAGGGGAAAUUCUGAGAGUCAUUGAGAUUCUUAUUGAAAAAAUGCCCACAGAUGUUGUGGAUCUUCUCGUGGAGGUUAUGGACAUCAUUAUGUACUGCCUUGAAGGAUCUUUAGUUAAAAAGAAAGGUCUUCAAGAAUGUUUCCCAGCCAUCUGCAGGUUCUACAUGGUCAGCUAUUAUGAGCGGAAUCACAGAAUAGCAGUUGGAGCUCGCCAUGGUUCAGUGGCCCUGUACGACAUCCGGACUGGAAAAUGUCAGACAAUCCAUGGACACAAGGGACCAGUCACUGCAGUGGCCUUUGCCCCUGACGGACGAUAUCUUGCCACCUACUCAAAUACGGACAGCCACAUUUCUUUCUGGCAGAUGAACACCUCGCUGCUGGGGAGCAUCGGCAUGCUGAACUCGGCACCUCAGCUGCGCUGCAUUAAGACCUACCAGGUGCCCCCCGUGCAGCCCGCCUCGCCCGGCUCCCACAACGCCCUCCGACUGGCCCGGCUCAUCUGGACUUCCAACCGCAACGUCAUCCUCAUGGCCCACGACGGGAAGGAGCACCGCUUCAUGGUCUAACGCUAGUGCCUGCUGCCCUGGCCACGUCCGAGUUCCGUCCGUCUGUUCUCCCAGCUGAGAGUCCUCUGUCCUUCCUCACACGGAUCAUCCCUCAGUGCCUGCCCGCACCAGUGCCCCCCGGGGGCGCAGCCGAGGCCGGGUCACUCCUGCAUGGCUCUCGGGGGCAGAUGCCCACUUGUGUCACCUGUGAUUCAGAGGCAUGCACACACCGCUCUGCAGGAUGUGGCCCUUCUGUCGGCACUAGGUCGUUUUUCCCCGCCGGGGCUGGGGGUGGGGGAUGUCUGCGGGCCCCAGGAGCCCUCCUGUCGCUUGGUGCACCAGAAGCCUCCAGUUCAGUAAACACUGUGAUUGCCUUCCCAGCCCAGGUCAGCAACCCCACCUCUGAGCUGCCGCUUGAACCUGGUGGUUUUGACGUUGGGUUUUGAGGUAAUGUGGCAGUCCUAAUUAGCGAAGUUCUUUUCCUUUGGAUCGCCUAAAAUAUAUUCUUGUUUACCAAAACGAUUCCGUGUUUACAUGGUUGGUUUUUUCCCCCCAUAACUGCUAGGAAACUGCUCACUCCAAUUUCCUAGGGUUUAGCCACUCCUUCUUUAUUAAUACCUAACAGAUUGGAGAUUAAUGAGAAAAUACACCAAAAAAUCGUUUCUCCUCAUGGAAAAUAGAGUUUCCCAGACACCUAGCUUUCUAAAAUGCUCAUAUCCUGCUUAGUAGUCUAUUUAGUAGUUUAAAAUAAAAAAUCAUCACUGUUUAUGAUCUAGUUAAUAAAAUUAUCCAGUCACUCUAAGUAAUCUCUUAAAUGGGCUUUUAUAAUAAAGAACUGAGUUUGGAAGCGUAGCAUAUACUGAAUAAGAAGACUCUUGUGUCUGUUGCUACAGGUCCUUUUAAGAAAGACCUUACCCCUUCCUUCCAGAAACCUUACGGACCUACAGUUCCCACAUGUACGACCCAUGUCAGUUAUCAUGGAAUAGUUAGUUACAGUUCAGCCUCCGAACAGAUCAAUUAAAGGAGAACAAAGGCAGCAUUUCUUUUACACAAGUGUCCUAGAAUAUUAGUAACUAUGGCGUAAGCAUUCAGGAGAAUAUAUAAAAUGCGAGGGCUCUCAAGCUAUUUGAGCAAACAUUGCAAUGAGGGUGUCCAUCACACUUCGAAGUAAGCUUGAACUAGGUCGCUUUCUUCUCUUUAUGUCAAAUUAUGCUGGUUCUUGCUCAUAGCAAUGGGGAAGAAAAAAUCCAUAAAGUAAUAUUUUGUAUGAAUUGCUCCUAACAAAUCUUGAUCUGUACAUAGUUGCGCAUUUGGUCGUUUGGUUAGUUGUUGAUUGGUUGGCUAGACACAAUGGUUUAUUAAAUGCUAAAACAGAAAAUGAUUUAUUAAAUUCAGAGAAGACAGGAAAUUUCCAGAGGAACCAAAAUGAUAAUGGGAGCAUUUAAUUGGAAAAGCGUAGAUUGUCAGAGUUUAUGUAAUAUACAAAAAAAUAGGAUCACAGUCCAGGAAGAAAUCCAUCUGUCAUUUUACUGAAACAGAUUUUUAAAGAACAUGUUAAGAAAUUAAGACCCACUAGAACGUCUCUUUCCUAUUGAUAUGAAGUAUGUUAUUUGCAUUGAUGACAAACCUGUGCUGUUUCUUGGUUUUAGACUUUGGGUGUUCUUUUAAAAGUGAAUUUAUGCCACAUGCAUGUACAUUGUAUUUAUAAAGAUUAUAUAUGUAGUUUCCAAGGAAGAAACAAAGAACUAUCCAGUGUAGAUUUAUUUGUUUGGUGCACAUGCCGAACAGUUGUGUUCGAUUAUAGGUAGAAAAACCUGAGGUAAACAAAAGAUGUGCUUGGUUUUUUCAGCGGGCUCCCAAGUCUUCUCGAUACCCAGCACAUGUUUACUUUAUGAACUUAAAUAGGGGUUAAUUUUUUCUAGACUACAAAGUUGUUUUGGAAUGAUGAAGCAAAAGUAUACCUUAGAGAGUUGUUUAAAACAAAGAUGUGAGACAAUAGGCAGGCCACCACAGACACACAGUGGAACACACCCCGGGGGUCUGAAACAAAGCCAUGGGGGCCCAGGGGGCAAAACAUCUGGGCAGUGGGCAGAGGCCAGCCUGUCCCACAUUCUAUCUGAUUAUUGGCCAGUAGAAUAUUACUAUUCUAAAAGUUGGGUGGAUGAUAUCUGAUGGUUAGACGUCUCUAACUGCUAAAGAGUAUUUGCAUUCUUGUUAACACAGAUCUCCCCUUGGCUGUUUUGGUAACUACAGUCCCAGACUUCAUCACAGCUUAGAUUUCUCAGCACUGAGGCAAACUUUGUAUUGUCAUCCCAGUGUAUGCUUUUAGUGUUUUAUUGAUUUUGUUGGUACUGUAUUUGGACCUAUCCUUGUAAAUGUAGAGACAUAUAUGGCUUCCUUGGUAAUUUACAAGCAAAAGAUGACAUGACGUGACAACUGUAUGAAAAUGUAAUGAUUGAACUCACUGUGCACAGCGAGUGAAUUAAAAUGUCUGCCUCUCAAGACAUUUCCACUGAAUAGAUUCUAUAUGUGCUGGAUGUCCCUGUGUACAUAUGUGUGUUAAAUAAAACUGAAUUGUACUGAAGAUUGUUUUCCUCAUUAAAAACAUUGUUCACUCUUCUUAAA